UUACGCGAGAGAAUGAGAAUUGAUCGUCGAACCCUUCAAUUGUGUGAUUAUGGCAAAUAUGUAAUAUGCAGGGACGUAGGUUCCAGAAACUCCUCAAACUCUCUCCUCGUCCCCAACGGACAUGCACGCACAUUGAGUUAUGGGCCUACAUCAAUGGGUUUUGGGCUUCAAUUCCAAAUACAAGUCCAACCCAGAGUCUGUCCCCUGCUCUAACCUAACGUCUCAUCAUCUUAGAAGCACGUUCUAUGAGGCUAGAAAUUUUUAUGGGUUUUGUUAGAAGCUUUGCUUCUGCUGUUGAACUCUCGGCGGUUUCGCUCAGGGCCGUGAAAAGCCGUCGCUUAACGCUAAUUGCGAGAGAGAGAGAGAGAGAGAGAGAGAGAGAGAGAUAGAGAGAAAGAGAGAGAGAGAGAGAGAGCUUAAUAUCAGUAUUUGAGUUAUGUUUCUUUGUUGAACUGGGCACUGCCCAAUUGGCUCCUUCGAACUUAAGGGUAAAUUUGGUCCAAAUUUGGAGCUAGAAGUACCAUUUUUUUUGGGUCUUUCUUCCCUUCUAAAUGGUUGUCAUGCUUAGUGCCCGUCUUCCCACCAUUAAUUAUGCUCUUCCUUCAGGUAGAGAUUGUAAGUACACAGGUCAAGCAGUGAGAGCACUCCCUAUACGAAUAAUAUCAGUAGGGAAAAAGAGAUCACAAGGUGUACAACUCGUAGUGGAUGAGUACAUUGAAAAGCUUAAGCUCUACUGUAGUGUUGAAGAUGCUCACAUACGGAACAAUCCUAAACAUGCACGUGAUUGGAGAGCUCAGGUUGAUCAUGAAGACAGUGCUGUUAUGGAUCUUAUCAGGUCUGACGAUUGGGUUGUGCUGUUGGAUGAGCGUGGGAAAGACAUAGGCUCCGAGCAGAUGGCUGAGUUGGUGGGGGAUGCUGGAAAUACAGGAGCUUCAAGACUAUCAUUCUGCAUUGGUGGACCGUAUGGUCAUGGAAAACGAUUGCGAGAGCGUGCUGAUGUUUCUGUCAAGCUGUCUUCUAUGGUAUUAAACCAUCAAAUUGCAAUAGUUGUGCUCGUAGAACAACUCUAUAGGUCGUGGACUAUUCUGAAAGGACAGAACUAUCAUCGUUAGCCUUUCGUUUCCUGUUCUGAACAAUGCUAACAGGGCAUCGGCAACAUAUACAUCAGAGUAAGAGUAACACACUGGACUGACAGGGUUGCUGGUGGCUUAAACGUGUAUUUGGGUUUGUGGAACUAAAUUGUUCUAUAGUUCUGAAAUUCAUACAUUAUUUUUCUUACUCUCAGUAAUGUAGUGGAUUAAACCUCAAUGAGAAAGAAAUUACAGGUAUUAAAGGAGUUUCAUGAUA